CCAAAAACGCGAGAGAGACGUCUGACGAAUAGUGACGAAUCACCUGAAAUAACUUUUGCAGUUUUUUAUGUUUUUGCACUUUUCAGAAAUCAGGUUUAAAUUUGGGAACCAGUGACAACCCUUGAUACGGAGUCUGAGCGUAGCGUAACAAGUCUCGGGAUAUAAAUCUGCGACAGGCGGACGUUUCGUCAGUUGUGAUUCAACAAUCAAGCGAGCUAUAAGGCGACACAAUGGUUAGAAAGAAACACGGACAAGAUAAAGCUGUUCGAGAUUUCAAAUUUGGAUACUUUUCACGCACUGGAAACGAGUUUUUCCUUAAUGAUGACAUGAAUAAAGCUAUCGAUAGUUACAAUGAAGCUUUGGCGAUUCGACCUUUGAGUGCAGACAUUUUGUCCAAUCGAGGUGCAGCAUUUCUUCGUGUACGGGAUUAUCAUAAAGCUCUUGCAGACUUGAGAGCUGUCGUUGAACUGGAGAUAAAGCAAAAUGUUAGUGUGACGAUCAAAACUCUGCAUAGGUUCUGUAAAGCAAAAUGUGCACUAAAGAAGUAUGACGGGGAAAUGUUUGGGCUACUCCAAGCAGCUGCCAUAUGGUACCAGGAGCAUGGACCGAGGUCGGAACUCCAAGAGAUCUAUUCUUUGAUUGUUACAUCACGAAGAAUGCAAAAAGAAAGCAGUACAGGAAUCUAUGACAUGACCCAUCUACUCAUGAGACAGUGUCAGGUUUACAGUUGUGGCGAGUACCACGGUGCAGUGGAAAUUAUAGAAGAACACGAAAAGGGGCGUUUGACAGUGGCCAGAUCCCCAUUCAAGACGGGGCGAGUCAUCUUGGGUUGUAAAGCGUUUGCGAUGGCUUUUCCUCGACCCAAGUCUUCUUCCAUUUUUGGUCCAGAAAAAGGUGACCAGCAAAAUGACAGCAACGAAGAAGUUUCGGAGGAUGACUACAUAAAACAAAAUUUUGUCAGAUUGGCGGUCACAAUUGCAGACAUGAUGGUGUCAAAUUCAGAAUUGGCUCAUGCAGUCUACGAGCUGGGUUCUACUGGUACUGACAGCAAUAAUGACGUUUCUGGAUCCGAGUCUACGACGUCUUUUGAACGACUCCAUCGCAUUGUUCUACAGAAUGGAAUUGUGAGUGCUAGCAAUCCGGAUCCCCGAAAGCCUCCUAGCCCUGCUGAAGUCGAUGAUCGUGUUUCUCGAAACACGUGUGGAUUAUGGUUACUGCCUUCCUACCUGAAUCACAGUUGUGUCGAUACGAAUGCAGAAGUUCAAAGAUUUGGAGACCUGACAAUUGUCCGUGCAUCUCGAGACAUUUCCCCUGGCGAGGAAAUACUGGUCAGCUACAUGCACAAAAGCAGGGUAGAACUUGAGUGUACCUCUUCAGUAGUGGAAGAAUUGAAAGAAAGAGAGUCUUUGUUAUGCAAGUGUCGCCUUUGCAAGUUGGUGAAGCAGGAGCCAGCAAAUGUGAAACAAAGAAGGUACGAAUUGCUGGAAGCCGCCAAGAUUUCUCAAGAUGAAGACUUGGAAGACAUUGAAAUUGAACUUGAAGCCCUACGGGCAAACAAUACAGACUUGAACUUUCCAAUUUUUUCACUUUGCCGAAAAAUUGCGUCCUACUACAGUAGCUGCCAAAUUGGAAUGUACAAAAAAGCUGCGAUUUACUUUGAAAAAGCAUACAACUUGACUCACUUUUCAGGAUUAUCUCGACAAAGGAUUCGAUUAGCGAUGGAAAUCUGUAUGUGCUACUUACAAGCUAUGGAUAAUGAAAAGUCCAAAGAAUGGGCUUAUAAGCUAAGAGACGACUUGAAAACGACGUACGGUUCGAAUGUGGAAAUGCUAGUUCCCAUCAUAGCAAAUACUGAAAACAUGACUAUAGAUGUAAAUACCAUGUCCAACCUCAUAUGGAAUAUUAGCACCCCUGACACUGAUGACGAUUAUUACUGAUAAUUUAUUACGAUUAUGCUAAUUUAUAAAAUUUAGC